CUAAAUAAACGGAAGAAAGAAGUAUAGAAAUGGUGAGUUGUUUGCGAAGUCUGUCUGCGUGAGUCGUUUUGUUUGUGUGCGUGUCGUGCAGUCGUCGUACGGAGCGGAGAGUGACCAUCCACAUGGAAGCUACAGCGUCGUAGAGUCUUUCCCUGACGCUUACGACUAUGGUCCCGGGGAGGAGGAGGGGGCUCUGGGGAGCAUCGGGAGUGAGAGCAAGCCUCGCAUUGUCCUCAUGGGACUGCGCAGGAGUGGCAAGUCCUCCAUCUCGAAGGUGGUUUUCCACAAACUGUCUCCCAAUGAAACACUCUUUCUGGAGAGCACCAGCAAAGUUGUCAAAGACGACAUUAGCAACAGCUCCUUUGUCCAGUUUCAGAUAUGGGACUUUCCAGGUCAGAUUGAUUUCUUUGACCCAGCCUUCGACUCUGACCACAUAUUUGGUGGUUGUGGAGCUCUCAUUUUCGUCAUCGAUGCUCAGGAUGACUAUCGAGAUGCUCUGGUGAGGCUCCACCAGACAGUGACACGGGCCUAUCAGGUGAACCAGAGUAUCAAAUUCGAGGUUUUCAUCCACAAAGUUGACGGACUGACAGACGACAGAAAAAUAGAGGCUCAGAGGGACAUCCACCAACAUGCGACUGAGGACCUGUCAGAUGCAGGGUUGGAGGGAAUCCACUUGUCUUUCUACCUCACCUCCAUCUACGACCACUCAAUCUUCGAGGCGUUUAGUCGCGUGGUGCAAAAGCUGAUUCCUCAGCUACCAACACUUGAAAACCUUCUCAACAUCCUCAUUUCAAACUCAGGGAUCGAGAAGGCUUUCUUGUUUGACGUAGUUAGCAAGAUUUACAUCGCCACAGACAGCUCCCCAGUCGACAUGCAGUCAUAUGAACUCUGCUGCGAUAUGAUUGAUGUAGUCAUCGACGUCUCUUGCAUCUAUGGACUACGGGACGAUGUGGAUGGCACGGCUUAUGACCAGCACUCGUUGUCCAUCAUUCGACUGAACAACGGGACCAUUCUCUACCUGAGGGAGGUAAACAGGUUCCUAGCCCUCGUCUGCCUCCUGCGAGAGGACGUCUUUGAGAGACAAGGUCUCAUCGAGUACAACUUCCACUGCUUCAGAGAGGCAAUCCAGGAGGUGUUUGAUAUCAGACGGAAGGCAAUGAUGGCCACGCCUUCGUCUGCCUCAGCGAGGGACUCUCCUUAACACACACCACACAGUGAUCAUUCAUUUUUGUCCGUGCUCUUAUAUACGAAAUGUCUGCAUUUGUGCAUAUUGUUUAAGAAACGUUUUAACAGCUGUGUUGAUUCUGAUCAAAAUGUGUUGACAGGUGCAGAUGUUGAUCAAAAGUGUCAACAUUUCUUGAAUGUGAUCAGAACAGUCACUAGUGAGCGAGGGAAGGUCUUUUCAUAGUCUCAGCUGUAACCAGCGAAGCCAUCUUCUGUUUGCGAGCCUUUGCCUCCCUCUCCAACUGCUCGGCCAGU